GGGAGCGCGAGUACCGGGUCUUCCGGCAACCUACUGCUGAGCAGUGGCGCGAGCACGGGUGGUAAUGGCGGCUCCGUGUUGGUGAGUGUGGGCGACGGUUCUGUUGGUGUUGGUGGGAAGGUGUCGAUCACGGCUGGUCUGAGUUCUGCGACGACGACAGGAUCUGUCGGUGGCUUGAUCGAGCUGGUGGGUGGCCAGGGUGCACUGACUGGAGGAUCUAUCAGUGUGAGCAGCGGUGCUGCGUCCGGCAUGACCAGCACAAGCAAGACGAGUGGCGAUGUGUCAUUAUGGAGUGCAUCAUCCGGCACAAGCGGGUCUCUGUCUCUGGUGAGUGGCGCGUCUUGGUUGUCUUCGAGUGGGUCGAUUGGUCUGUCUACAGGCGCUGCGACUGGCGGUAGAGGAGGCAACAUCGAGCUGUCCGUGGGAGGUGGCAGCAUCGGAGCUGGCGGCAAGGUGUUGCUGACUGCUGGUAGUACGAGUGGUAGCACUACCAGUGCUGCUAACAGUGGUGCGGGAGGCGACGUGGAGGUGACAAGCGGCGCGAGCAGCAGUUUCACGAGCGGCAGUGUGCUGGUGCGCACUCCGGAUGGCGGCUCGAGCGGUCCGUCGGGUUUGAUCAGUCUGACGACGGGUUCUGCGACGGCGGGCACGGUGGGCGGCGUGACGGUGAGCACUGGCGGUAGCACGGGUGGCAAUGGCGGGUCUGUGGCAUUAAAGGUUGGUACUGGCAGCAGUGGUGCUGGCGGGUCCAUUUCGCUACGAUCCGGCGACACCCACUCGACGGGCACAGUGGGCGGAUCGAUUUCACUUAGUGCUGGCAGCGGCAUGACGAGUGGCGGGUCGAUCUCGCUGCAGAGCGGCGCGGGUCUGAGUUCAUCUAGCGGCGACAUCUCUCUGACGACACCAGGCGCUGCGGUGACGAGUGGCGUGAGCGGCAGUGUGCGUCUGACGAGCGGCGCGAGUCGCGUGGGUGACAGCGGGUCCGUGUCUGUGGACACGGGCGUGUCAACAGGUGGCCACGGAGGGUCGAUCUCUCUGUCGGUGGGUGCUGGCGACGCGUUAUCCGGUGGCGCUAUCUCGCUGACUGCAGGCAACUCGACGGCUGUGUCGUCGUCCACGAGUGGUACGGGUGGCUCGGUGAGUGUGUUGAGUGGGCGUAGCGUGGGGAGCACGAGCGGUUCGAUUUCACUGGGCACAGCCACGGGCGGCACGGCGGGUCGGUCUGGCGUGUUGAGUUUUAGCAGCGGGAGCGCGAGUACCGGGUCUUCCGGCAACCUACUGCUGAGCAGUGGCGCGAGCACGGGUGGUAAUGGCGGCUCCGUGUUG